CAGAUCAGAUCAGGCCUGAUACUGUAAGUCAGCUCCAUAGAGGGGACACUGGUGGGGGCACUACAGAACAUAAGCAGUCUUUGGCACAGAGAGUGAGAGACACAGUGGGGUGAGGGAGCGAGGGAGGGAGGAGAGAAUUCAUGCUGUGUUAGCAUCCCCUCAGCAACUCCAUCAAUACUGCAUGCAGCUGAGAAACUGGCAGAGGUCUUCUGUGCUGCAUUUGCAGCCUUCAGCCAACGAAAGAGAGCAACUCCCACGACUGGUCUGUUCAGUGUGCUGCUGCUGCUGAAGGAGGAAGAGGAGGAGGCGGAGGAGGAGGAGGCUCACAGUCUUUACUGCAUCAGGAGGCAACAGAGCAGAGGAGAAGAGAUUGUUUGGAGGAGGAGGCUACAGAGGGAUAUGCAGCCUUGGAAUACUCCAGUGGACAGAAUCCAUCUCAGAGGGACAGGACUGUGAGGACCCUGACUUGAUGACAAGCUGCCACGGUCCCAGGACUGAUCUGAACAUUAGAGGGAGUUUGGUGUGUUCUGAGUUUGACUGCAUCUCCUCCAUGUUCACUGAUCAUGUGGGGGAGCUGACGUGUGUGAUGGCAACCUCGGACCAGCAGCAUCUCAUACACGCGGUUCUGUGUUAUCGUGACUUUCCUACCCUGAAGCCAACCCUCAGGAUUUGACCGUACCUCCCCAACCUUCCCUCCUCUCUCUGUGCCCUCUUCGGUGUCCGUCGACCCUGGGCCCACCAUGGGAGGAUGCUUCUCCAAACCCAAACCAGUUGACGUUAAAGUGGAGCUCUCUCUUCUGGACAAAGAAAAGGAAGUGGACGGACUGUCACCCAAUGGAAAAGCGAGUCCUUUCGCCGACUGCAGACCUAACGGGGCUCUUGGACAUGGUUCUGAUGACGACUCCACCCCACUCCCCCCCUACCACAAACCAAGGGACUAUGUAGAGGCCUCAGUCUGUCACGUUAAAGAUCUGGAAAAUGGACAAAUGAGAGAGGUGGACCUGGGCGGUGGCAGGGCGCUGUUGAUCAAAGAACAUGGAGAGUUCUCAGCUCUGGCUCACAAAUGUCCCCACUAUGGAGCUCCUCUUGUCAAAGGUGUGCUGUCAAAGGGACAUGUGCGCUGUCCCUGGCACGGUGCAUGUUUCAACAUUGCCACAGGAGACAUCGAAGACUUCCCUGGACUGGACAGCCUGCCAACAUUCCAGGUUAGAGUUGAAAAGGACAAGGUGAUCAUCCGUGCAAACAAGCAGGCUCUUCAGUCACAAAAGAGGUCGAAGCCCAUGUCUCGAUGUUCAGCAGUCAUUAACUCCAGCACUGGCUUCAGUCACAUUCUCAUCAUUGGCUCAGGUCCUGCAGGUCUAGUCUGUGCUGAGACACUUAGGCAAGAGGGGUUCACUGAUCGCAUAGUCCUAUGCACCAUGGACAGACAUCCUCCAUAUGACAGGACUAAACUGAGUAAGUCCCUAGACAACACAGCGGAGCAGCUGAGACUGCGCUCCUUGGAGUUUCUGCAGGACUAUGACAUUGAACUGCUCACAGAGAAGGAGGCCAUGGCUGUAGAUGUGAAAACACGAUCUGUGACAUUUGAAGAUGGACUCAGGAUGGAGUACAGGAGACUUUUUAUUGCUACAGGAAGCAGACCCAAACCCAUGAGCUUCAAGGGCAAAGAUGUCAGGAACGUGUUUCACCUCAGAACACCCGAAGAUGCUAACAGCAUAGGCAGGCUGGCUAACAACAAGAACGCUGUCAUCGUGGGAACUUCUUUUGUUGGUAUGGAAGUGGCUGCAGCUCUGACUGACAAGGCCCAUUCUGUCUCUGUCAUAGGGAUCGAGUCAGUUCCCUUCAAAAAAGCUCUCGGGGAAAGCCAUAAUGAAGGUAUGAUGCAGCUGUUUGAAGCCAACAGGGUGAAGUUCUACAUGAUGAACGAGGUGUCAGAGAUGAUCGGUCAUCAUGGACAGCUUAAAGAGGUGGUACUGAAGAGUGGAAAAGUACUACGGGCAGACGUGUGUGUCAUUGGAGCAGGAAGUGUUCCCUCCACAGGCUUCUUGAAGCAGAGCGGCCUCCACAUGGACUCCAAGGGCUUCAUUACUGUCAACAAGAUGAUGCAGACUAAUGUGGAGGGGGUAUAUGCUGGUGGAGAUGUAGUGAUGUUUCCUUUUCCACCACGCAACAACAAGAAGGUGAACAUUCCUCACUGGCAGAUGGCUCAUGUCCAUGGGAGAGUGGCAGCUCUCAGCAUGAUCGGCCAAGCCACCGAGAUGAAAACUGUGCCUUACUUCUGGUCAGCCAUGUUUGGGAAGACGAUCCGAUACGCAGGUUAUGGUGAUGGAUUUGAUGAUGUCAUCAUACAAGGAGAUCUGGAUGAACUCAGAUUUGUAGCAUUUUAUACCAAGAGUGAGGAGGUGGUCGCUGUUGCCAGUAUGAACUAUGAUCCUAUUGUGUCCCGUGUGGCAGAAGUCUUAGGAUCUGGAAAGACGAUUAAGAAACGAGAUGUGGAAACUGGGGAUAUUUCUUGGUUGAUCGACAAAGGCUCACAGUGAUUUACAUCUGAAGAAAGGACGCCUUCCUCCCCUACUGCACACCUCAAUAUGGACACUUAUGGUGCUGAGACACUGAGCAGCUAAACCAGUUUGAACACACGCAAACACACACACAGAGAGUCUAGGGACAGGACAGUGUUUGCACUGACGACAACGCUGAGACUCCUUAGAGAAAUUAUACUAUGACAAGCGUAGCCAUACCUGAACACACUGACGUCAUGUGUCAUGACACAGCAAUACUGGUCUGAGUCUCUGUGCUUCUGUGAGCUGGAUCUACCUGUACACUUUGUUAAUAAGAAACCAGGGACAGACGUUGACAUUACUAUACAAACAACAUUGUAUAUAGCUAUAAUCCUGAAUGUGCUGUAAACAGAAGCAUACAGUAGGAAUUUUCCCAGGUUUUUAAAUGACACAUUUGGUCCAGGGCUCUUACAUUAUCUGCAUGUUAGGAGAACAAUGGAAAUUUGACAUUAACAACAGCGAUUCCCAGAAAAGAUGAAACAUUCCCUUAAAAACUUGAAGUCGAUAGUUAGGACUUUACAGUAAUUUAACAGACAGAACAGAAAGUUUUGCAACAUCAGCCAAGAAAUUGUAUUGUGUUUGCGCUUGACUGGUCAGCCUGCAGUCUGAGUCUGUCCUCUGUUAAAGGUCUGCUUCUUUAUGAAGAGGACCAAUGACAGUGGUGACUCAAGAUGGCUGUAAUAUUUUACUUCACUUACUUUGUUAUGAUUAGAAAUCAGUAAAAAAAAAAAAAUUAUAUUUUUUUCUCUGUCCUUUUGCCAUGAAAUAAAUGUUUUAGUCCAUAAUCAGAGUUAACAUUUUAAUAAUUACUGCAUGUUUAAAACUGCACCAUUUUUUAAAUUAUGGUUUAUUAAUGAAGCAUCAUCAACCAGACAAACAGCAGAAACCUACAGUAGCUGCAGCUUUGAAUGAACCAGUACAACAAACUGGCCACUGUACAUUUGACAUCUUCUUAUGGGUUGCUCGAUUGCACAAAUAGAAAUCCCUAUCCUACUUUAAUUAUCAACUAAUGUUUGGUCAAUAGAUUUGUGCAUUUUAUCGCAGAUUUUUCUCUUUAAAAAAAAGAAUAACAACACAAAAAAACAAACAAAAAAAAAAACACCACCUCCAGAGACCUUUAGUUUGUACUAACUCAGGGAACUGAGGUUUGUGGCUUGUACAGGGGUUGCUGCUCCUUUUUGUAAGCAGAAAUGACAAUAUUGCUUUCACAUUCAUUUCUUUUAAUGAUUGUUUCAUUAUUAUGAAACAUUCCCUUUGUGUGAAGGGUUUAAGCCAAGGUUGAGUUUGCAUCCUGGUAUACUGGUGAAACCAAAACAUUUGAGGUCUGACACUGUUUAAAAAAUAGAAGUCAUUGUUUUCUUCCCCAUCUAUUAUGGCAUUUUUAUAACAAAACUUUGAAAUAAAAAGUCUUCCACCAAUAAUCAUUCGCUGUUAUAUGAAAUCUAUGAAUCUUGAUGAACCCUACAUGUGGAAUACCUGCACCCAUCUCAGCUUAAUCCUACCUCCAUCCACCCAUCCACCCAUCCAUGACUCUUCUCUGGAGUCUUCCACUCUCUUCUGCCUGGCAGCUCCAUCUUUGGCAUUCAUGUCUAGUGAUAUAUUCAGUGUCUGUCUUCAGCCCAUGUCCAAACUACCUCCAUAUUCCUAACUCUUCAUCGUCGCAGGUCUCACUGCCGUUCUUCUAAACCUUUUUCACUUGAUGCCACACAUGCUGACCCAUCCAAGUAAUUAAACCAAUGUGGUUUUCAGACUCCACAUCUCACAUCUUAAUUUUUUUCUCUUCCUUUCUUUCCUCAAAACACAUGCAUGUACACUAAGGUAAAGUUGUAUCAAACAAAAACAGAACAGUUGCAUCAAAGUAGAAUUGUUUAAUGCUAAUUUUUAGUGAGGUGACAGAUUUUUCCCCCCAUACAAUUCCACACUGAAGUUCUAAACAGUUCAGUACAGGUCACACAAAUUCAAAAUGAUUUCAAACUUUUUGAAAAUAUUGCUCAGUAUCACACACUUCUCUCACUUAUUGAUAAAUGUCUAAUUUCAUUAAAACAAGGGAAACAAAGAAGACACAUACAUAUAGAAUCUCAAA